GAUAAUUAUUAAGCACAGUUGUCAUACAAACUCCUUUACAAUAUACUGAAUUUGUAAUAAUAAUUUUAUUGUUUUUUUUCGAAAAAUGGCUUUUGUGAUAAUUCAGAUAUCACAAUUUUUAUCAUGUUUUGUUAUAAUAAUGAUGGUGAUGAUGGUUGAUGGUGUUGAUGAAAAUUCAUUGCAACCAUAUCUUCCAAGUGGCUGGCGUCCAACAAUACGAACCCCUAAAAUUCCAGCUUUUAUUGGCACAAAUAAUUAUAAUUACACCAAGCCACUUGCUUCUACCACAACAACUACACAAAAGAGUGUGACAGCAACAACAAUUCCAAAUGAAAUACUUCAAAAUGAUAAAAAAAAUAAUAAAGACGAUGAAAAUGAUUUUGAUACUCAAGCAUAUCCAGCUUUAGCAAUUGCAAAUUCAUUUGCAUUUAAUAGACCAAUUUAUGUCUACACUGGUCAUCCUUAUUUUCAACCAUAUUUUAAAUAAUUUAAUUUAUUUAAUUUUUUAAUUUUUAAAUAUAAA